CGAAGAUCAAUUCGGAAAAUGGAUAUAAACGCACGUUCGGGAUGUUCGUAGAACACAACCAAAUAAAAGGGCACCGAAAUCGGACCGAAGCCGUGCGUUCUGCUUUGAUUAGGUCUAUUGUGCAAAUUUUGUGAUAUUCCGUACGAGCGGCAGUACUGAGAUGGCGCCAAACGACGUACAACAUUCCGACGACUACAAUAAUGUCCGGCCAAAUUCUGACCAAGAUCCAAAUGAAAACCCCCCGAAAAGAAUCAAAUACGACAGUACCUACGAAAACAUGAUCUUUCGGGCAGGCUACACAAAUAUGCAAAACCAGUACAUUUACAAUCAACAGAGAAGCCAGGCACUCAGGAUGCAGGACGAUCGGUACUCCACCAUCUCAUCAUCAUCGUCCUUAGUUUCCUCAAUGGAUGGCUAUUCCUCUACUCCGUCUCCAGAUUUGACAUUGAACGGAAGUCAAGCUUCAUCUCCUCUGUUUGCGGUUUAUCCGCAACGCCCUGUAGAUCCACCUCCACUGCGGUACUUCCAGUUCAACAACCAACAACCACCACCCGACCAUGCUCAGAGGCCGGAGCACAGCUAUGCCGUGGAUUCGCCGCAAAGCUCGCCGCCUAUAUCGAAUUCGUCGGAACCGGAAAAUAGACCAGCUCGUGCCCGGGUCACAUCUGACUCGGGCAACUCGACCGUUCCCUCGGAAACGGGUGAGAUCGGACCAGUGUCAAUGGAUGAUUGGUUCAGAAUAUUUCAGAAUCAUGAGAUAGCUUCCAAAUCGCAACGAGUGCAUCUCAUGAUUCAGGCUAGAUCUGCGCAAAGAAAGGAGCAAUACCUGUCAAUGCGGAUGCCUGAACUGCCAACAGACUUGGAAUACAACCCCAAUAAAUCACGCCUAAGGAAGGCAUAUGUAAGUCCAACGGAGGCAGCAGAAAGGGAGAGAAACAACUUGGCUUCGAGGAAGUCUCGGUUUAAGAAGAAAAUCGCUCAGCAAAUCACCAACAUGCACUUGGAAUUCGAUCGCAGUGAAAAUGCCGAACUGUACGCUAUGCAGAACUUUAUGUCACAGAUCAUCUACGAUCUGGAAGCACAGUGUCUUGAUAGCGGAAUAGCGCCGAUAGAUAUGCUCAACAUGCGCCAGGCGUACGGGUUUACUCCAAGCCAGCAUGAAAAGAUAUACACAGCGGCAUCGUCGAGGUAGAUUUCGAUGUUGUGCGUGUUGAAAUUUGAAUCUUCUAAAAUAACUCUUACCAACCAGUGUUCGUAUAUAGAUUCCUUCUUAAGACAUUUCGUUUUAUGUUUUUAAGGACAAAAAUAAAAUACAGUCAAUACUCAUCUAGGUCAGCGGGUGGUGCAAUCGUAAAAAUACCUACAUUUAAUAAAAUAAAGCAAUAUUUUAUUCCAAUUAUAACAA